GGGCCGCGGGGCCAGCAGCCCUCCAAGGACUGCGGGGCCAGCCGUGCGCUGGGCUUCCCUGCCGCCGCUUCUGAGCUGUCCCGCGGGCCGGGCAUGAGCGCGGGCGCCGGUGCGGCACGAUGAGCACCGGGGGCAGCCCGGUCCGCGCCUAUGAUUUCCUGCUCAAGUUCCUGCUGGUGGGCGACAGCGACGUGGGCAAGGGCGAGAUCCUGGCGAGCCUGCAGGACGGUGCGGCCGAGUCCCCGUACGGUCACCCCGCGGGCAUCGACUACAAGACCACCACCAUCCUGCUGGACGGCCGGCGGGUGAAGCUGCAGCUCUGGGAUACGUCGGGUCAGGGAAGAUUUUGUACCAUAUUCCGCUCCUACUCUCGGGGCGCACAGGGUGUGAUCCUGGUCUACGACAUCGCAAACCGCUGGUCCUUUGAUGGCAUCGACCGGUGGAUUAAGGAGAUCAAUGAGCACGCCCCAGGGGUCCCUAAAAUCCUGGUGGGGAACCGCCUGCACCUGGCCUUCAAGCGGCAGGUCCCCACGGAACAGGCCCAGGCCUAUGCGGAACGCCUGGGUGUGACAUUCUUUGAGGUCAGUCCGCUGUGCAAUUUCAACAUCACUGAGUCCUUUAUGGAGCUGGCCAGGAUCGUGCUGCUGCGGCAUGGGAUGGACCGGCUCUGGAGGCCAAGCAAGGUACUGAGCUUGCAGGACCUGUGCUGCCGGGCAGUGGUGUCCUGCACGCCCGUGCACCUGGUGGACAGGCUGCCACUGCCCACGGCCCUCAGGAGCCACCUCAAGUCCUUCUCGAUGGCCAGCGGCCUGAAUGCCAGGGUGAUGCACGGCCGCCCCUGUUCCCUCGCCACCAGCUCCAGCCACAAGAGGACCAGCCUCCGAAAAGCAAAGGCCGCCCACCUUCCCCAGAGCCCCCCCAAACACUGCACCAGAAACAGCUGCAAAGUCUCCUGAGGAGGGCGCGAGGCAGAGGGGUGGCACAGGUGGGAGGCAGGAGGCCGCUCUGGAUGCAGACACCCGCCAAUGUCACGG